UUGUUGGUUAAUUCUUUGUGCCCUCUUAUUUGCGGCCGAGAUGCUAAAGCUGGUCUCAUUCUAGCUUUAAUGGGAGCUACAAAAACAUCAGAGUCAGAUUUUAUAAAUAGAAACGAGUGUCAUGUUUUGAUAGUUGGAGAUCCGGGAUUGGGGAAAAGUCAGAUGUUGAAGGCUUGUGCUGAUGUUGCCCUAGAAGGUGUUUUUGUAUGUGGAAAUACGAGUACUUCUUCUGGUCUCACAGCCAGUGUAUUUCUUCAGGAAAACAGCACAAGUGGUGUGGAAGCUGGUGCUCUGGCACUUGCCGAUGGUGGUGUAUGCUGUAUUGAUGAAUUUGAUAAAAUGACCAAACAGCACUCGGCUUUGCUCGAAGCAAUGGAGCAACAAUGUGUCUCUCUAGCCAAAGCAGGUGUAGUCUGUUCUCUUCCAGCCAGAUGUGCAGUCGUGGCUGCUGCAAAUCCUGAUAAAGGCGUUUACAACAGAUCCAAAACCUUAAAGGAAAAUGUUAAUUUAAGCUGUGCCCUUCUGUCUAGAUUUGAUUUGGUAUUUGUGCUGUUGGAUAUUCCUGAUGAG